AUGCGCUUGUCACUUGCCAUUCUGGCCACCGUCUGUCAGGCGGCUGUGACGACAGCAUCGAGCCUUACACCGCCAGUGCUGCCACUGAUCGUGCGCAACCCGUACCUUAGCACUUGGCUGGGAAAUGCCCGUGAUGCUCCGUGGGCCAAAUGGCCCAUGUUCUACACAGGAGAUGAAGUUGGACUAUCGUUGAUGGCCCAUGUCCCGAGCCAGGGCUCGGUUUAUCCUCUGGUAGGCAAGCCACAAGAUUCCUUGGGGAAAAAUGCAGGAUACAAAAUACAAUACCCAGAGUAUCUAGGAAAUAACUAUGAUGCCUCCACGACCAACUUUACCUAUCGCAUUGACACUAAAGCCUCCACCCCUCUCGAAAUCACGGUCUCAUUCCUCUCCCCCAUUACGCCGACAUCGACUUUGCGACAGUCUAUUCCGGCUUCUUAUAUCACAAUAGAUGUCAAGGGCGAGGUCGAUGUUAAUGUCUACAUGGACAUUGAUGGGCGAUGGCUGAGUGGAGACACUGGGUCUAAGAUCAACUGGGAGUGGGACACUGUUAAUAUCGAAAAUAAGGAGAAACCAACUCUACAACAAUGGAAAAUUCGGAGAGAGAACGAACUCCUGCUAUCGGAGAUCCGCGAUCGUGCGGAAUGGGGCACCCUUCACUUCACCGGGCCUACAAAUACUAGGUAUGAGUCCGGAGAGGCAGGGAAGGUAAGGCAAAGGUUUGCUAAAACCGGCAUACUUGGAAAUGAGAAUGACCAGGACUUCCGUGCUAUUCGGGACCGCUCGCCCGUUUUUGCAUUUUCCAAAUCCUUUAGCCUUGGUCGGUCAUCCAAGCAAUCAUCCGAUAGCGUCACCUUCACCCUUGCUCUUAUCCAAAUUCCCGUUGUGCAGUAUGCAUCAGCUCGCGGACUUACCCUGAUGCGACCGCUUUGGGAAUCGUGGUAUCCAACUACGGAGGAGUUGCUCAGCUUCCACUAUAACGAUCACGCCGUGGCAGCCUCUCUGGCAGCCAAUUAUUCCCAGCAAGUGGCCGAUGAUGCCUACCUCUCUGGUGCAGAUGACUAUGUUCAAAUUGUCGCCCUCAGUGCGCGGCAGGUCAUGGGUGCUACAACUUUUUCUGGAACCCCAGAGAACCCUCUUUUGUUCCUGAAGGAGAUCUCAUCAAACGGCAACUUCCAAACUAUUGAUGUCAUCUUCCCGGCCUUCCCAUUCUUUUUGUAUACCAACCCACGAUGGUUGGCAUAUCUUCUUGAGCCAUUAAUUGAGCAUAUGCUGAGUGGUCAAUACCCCAAUACCUACGCUAUGCAUGACUUGGGCACUCAUUUCCCCAAUGCUACGGGUCAUCCCGAUGGCAGAGAUGAGUACAUGCCGGUGGAAGAGUGUGGUAACAUACUGAUCAUGGGCCUGGCUAUUGCGAAUUCCCUUCAGUAUUCAGAGGCAUCUGAAGCUGCCUCUAUUUGGUCCUCACAAGGGUCGGCGCAGCCCUUGACGCAAUCUAGCGAAGAGACUGGAUUCUUCCCUCUGAACGAGCUCCAGGAAUUCUCAGGUAUUGCACACCAAGAUGGCAAAUGGGGUGGUGGUCUUGAAGGCCAGCACCUUGCCGAGAAAUGGGUCAAGCGAAGCUACCGUCUUUGGAAGCAAUGGACCGGUUAUUUGGUGGAAUUCUCAUUGGAACCAGCUAAUCAACUUUCAACCGACGACUUUGCUGGCUGGCUAGCACUGCAGACUAAUCUAGCAUUGAAGGGGAUUGUUGGCAUCAACGCCAUGAGCAAACUUUCCGAGUUAACUGGAAAUGACGAUGAUGCCAAAUACUUCAAGGGCGUUGCCGACCAGUAUAUUGCCAAGUGGGAGAAGUUUGCCAUGUCCCGCGAUGGCUCGCAUGCUAAGCUCGCCUACGACUGGUAUGGCUCAUGGACCACGAUCUACAACCUAUACGCAGAUGCCCAGCUCUGCUUCCACCUAGACGGAACCAAUACCGCAAACGAGUCCCCUGGCUUCGUUCCUCGUCACAUCUACCAGAAGCAGUCGGUGUGGUACCACUACGUGCGUCAAAAAUACGGACUUCCCCUCGACAGCCGACACCUUUACACCAAGACCGACUGGGAGUUCUUCUCGAUGGCCGUGGCAUCGAAGCCCGUUCGCACGGAAAUUCUCGAGUCCGUUGCACGCUGGGUCAACGAGACUGUUACCGACCGACCCUUCACUGAUCUUCACCAGACGGAGGGCGAUGGUAACUUCCCCGGUCCGAAUUUCUUUGCUAGACCCGUCAUCGGCGGCCAUUUUGCUUUCUUAGCUUUAGAGCGUGCGUGCGGAGGCCGGGCGAUGGCUGGUUUGUCUUUCCUGGAUGAGGUGGACGAGGAGACCAUGCAGACGUGGACCAAGACCGCCGAAGCUGCCGCUGCAGAGCUUUCUGGCCCCUGGAAGAAUCACCACGGACCAGAUGGAGAGCUGUAG